GCUUACCAAUUUCUCUCACAAUAUUACUGACAAGUUUCAAUUCUUGUCAGUCAAAAUUUUAGUACAAUUGUUGAGAUGUUGAAGAGCGCGGAAAGUGCUCUUCAUUAUAGUGGAUUUCGAAGGUCUUCCGGAUUGAGUGAGAGUUUAUGGCCCUGUACAAUUACAUUAUUUCAAUAAUGCAAAACAUAAAAUAAACUAAGAAAAUAGAAAACAUUAAAAAAAUGCAGGCAUGGCUGUAUGGGCGCAGUUACCUAUGCCUUUCUGUUAAAAAUAAACAAAACAAAAAAAAAAUAUUUGUUGAUGAUUGUAGUUUAUACAUGAAUUAAAUAGUUCUUAUCACUUCGUAAUAUCUGUAUAUCUUAUCUUGCUUCAAAAGAACAAAAACGUAAACAAACUAAACCCUUACUCUUAGUAAUGUAAAAACAAACUAAUGUUUAAAUAAUUGCUGAAGUGAAGAAUAAUUAUGUACAAUUUAAAAUAUAUUGGUCUCUUUCUGUGAUCUUUAUAUUGGUGAAGUGGAAUUUGUAUUAUAAAAACACAUUUUAAUUCCUGAACCUUGAGAGUAUUAACAUAAAAUACCACAUGGAUCUCACUGAAACUUUAGCCGGUUUAUCUGUACAAAAUGGUGACCAUGAGCAAUCCCAAAAGAAAAGAGAGAACUACAUAGGUUGGACAGACUACUUCAUGGCAGUAGCAUUCCUGGCAGCCAAACGUAGCAAGGACCCUCAUUUUCAAGUGGGUGCUUGUAUAGUCAAUGAGGAUAACAGAAUUGUCGGUGUUGGGUACAAUGGUAUGCCACGAGGAUGUAGUGACGACAUAUACCCAUGGGACAAGGGAAUUAAAAAAUUAUAUGUAUGUCACGCAGAAAUGAACGCAAUCCUCAACAAAAACUCAUCAGAUGUGAAGAACUGCACUAUCUACGUCAAAUUGUUCCCAUGCAAUGAAUGUGCAAAAAUUAUAAUACAAUCCGGUAUCAAAGAGGUGGUAUACGUUUCGGAUAAGAAGGCUGAAAAAAUAGAGUACAAAGCGUCCAGGCGAAUGUUACAGGAUGCAGGAGUUAUUUGCACUACAUACCAAAGACGAGGACAAUGGUCAUAGAUUUUGAAGAGGACAACGAUGAUUCGCUCUCGGCUGCAGACAUAACUCAAUAAAUAUAUUUAAUUACAGUAGUAUUAAACAAACAAUAAUCCAUAUUAUUAAUGUUAUUAAACUCAACAGUUUGGUUGAACGCACUAAUCAAGAACUACUAGUUCAAAUUAAAAAAAAAGUUGUAUACACCAUUUAUCAAGGAAGGCUACCAGCUUUAUAACAUAGGUGUGGAGAAUCGAUGAAACAGGCAGACGAAAUUGCGCUGGGUCAGAUAAUAAUAAUUCCCCCAAAUGGGGUAUAUGCAAUUACCUCCGCUCACCUAGUCCGAAGCAACUUUAUUUAUAAGUUAGGUUGUCAAAAUGUUGUUACCCCAUCUAUUGAUCACUUAUUAAUAUUGAUAGGUUAUCAAUAUAUAAAUGUAUGUAUUGUGAAAAAAAAUAUUCCCAUUUGUCGAAAAUUAUGCCGACGGAGGAAUACAAAAGGCAUAGUUAAAGUUUAUAUGAAGAAGGAAUGCUACAAACUAUUUGUUUUAUUAUAGAAAAUAUAUGUACUGUAAGUAUAGAUUAAAAAUUUGUGUAGUCGUGAGUGAAAUCUCUGUGCCUUUGACAGUAACCUUAGUAAACUUCAUAUUUUAAUUAAAGUUAUAA